AUGGUGGGCCUGACAGCCUCCGACGUGCACCCCACCAUGGGGGUCAAGAUCUUCUCAGCUGGGGCGGCGGCCUGCCUGGCAGACGUGAUCACCUUCCCGCUGGACACGGCCAAAGUCCGGCUGCAGGUCCAAGGCGAAUGCCCGAUCAACAGUCCUGUGAAGUAUAAAGGUGUCCUGGGAACCAUCACCACCCUGGCAAAAACAGAAGGCCCAGUGAAACUCUACAGCGGGCUGCCUGCCGGCCUUCAGAGACAAGUCAGCUUCGCCUCCCUGAGGAUUGGCCUCUAUGACACGGUCCAGGAGUUCUUCUCAGGGUCAGAAACAACUGCUACUUUAGGAAACAAGAUUUCGGCGGGUCUGACAACGGGAGGAGUGGCAGUAUUCAUCGGGCAACCCACAGAGGUGGUGAAAGUCAGACUCCAAGCGCAGAGUCACCUGCACGGUCCCAAACCUCGCUACACGGGGACUUACAAUGCUUACAGAAUCAUAGCAACGACAGAAGGCUUGACGGGGCUUUGGAAAGGGACGACACCCAAUCUGAUGAGAAAUAUCAUCAUCAAUUGCACAGAGCUGGUGACCUAUGACCUCAUGAAGGAGACGCUUGUGAAAAACAAAUUGAUGGCAGAUGACGUGCCCUGCCACUUGGUGUCAGCUCUCAUUGCUGGAUUUUGCACAACACUUCUGUCCUCCCCGGCGGAUGUGGUGAAAACCAGGUUUAUUAACUCUACACCAGGACAGUACACAAGUGUGCCUAGCUGUGCAAUGACAAUGCUCACCAACGAAGGACCGACAGCUUUUUUCAAAGGAUUUGUGCCUUCCUUCUUGCGACUCGCAUCCUGGAACGUCAUUAUGUUUGUGUGCUUUGAAAAGCUGAAACGAGAAUUAACGAAGUCAAGGCAGACCGUGGACUGUGCCACAUAG